AUGGAAGACUCAUCAAGGAAUCAAAACAGUGACUGUAGAAAUAAUCCAAUCGUGUUUUUAGAUAUAACAAUUGAAUCAGAAAAAGUUGGAAGAGUUGUGAUAGAGCUUUUUAAAGAUGUUGUACCUCGAACAGCAGAAAAUUUUCGUGCAUUAUGUACUGGAGAAAAAGGUAUUGGUAUUAAUGGUAAAAAGUUACAUUACAAGGGAUCAACAUUUCAUAAAGUGCUAUCACAGUUUAUGAUCCAAGGUGGAGAUAUAAUAAAUUUUGAUGGAACAAGUGGAGAAAGUAUAUAUGGAACACAAUUUGAGGAUGAAAAUUUUAAACUUUCUCAUUCAUCAGGAGGAUUAUUAAGCAUGGUAAAUAAGGGUUAUCCAAAUAGCAACAGCUCUCAGUUUAUAAUUACUACUUCAGCCACUACACAUUUAGAUAAUAUCAAUGUAGUAUUUGGUAAGGUUUUAAAAGGAAUGGGAGUAGUAUUAGAAGUAUCUCAAAUUAUGACAAUUAAAGAUAUACCAGUUAAGAAAAUAUAUAUAAUUGAUUGUGGUGAAUUGAAACAAAAUCAAAAUUGGGGUGUGGAAGAGAGUGAUGAUACGGAAGAUGUGUUUACUCCAUGGCCAGAAGAUUGGGAUUAUUUCACAGAAGUUAAAGAAAUUGAUUGCAACUAUGUGAUAGAAGUUAUUCGAAAGAUAAAGGAUUCAGGAAAUUAUUAUUUUUUACAAAAAAAUUAUGUAGAUGCAGAAAGAAAAUAUAAAAAAGCAUUACGCUAUUAUAAGUGGAUGAUUAAAACUAUGGAUGCACCAGAUUCUUCUAGUGAACUAAUAAUGAAUACCAAAGUGACUAUAUUACUUAAUUUUGCAGCUGUUAAACUGAAAGAAAAAGAGUACCGUGAAGUUUUAAAGCUUUGUUCAGAGGUUUUAGAAUUAAAUAAAAACAACAGUAAAGCAUUAUUUCGUAGAAGUCAGGCAUACAUGGGACUAAAUGAAUAUGAUUUAGGUUUAGCAGAUUUGAAACACGCAUUAUUAGUAUCUCCUAAUAAUAAGGAUAUUUUACUAGAAAUUGAUAAAGUUAAAAAAGUUAUGAAUUCAUAUUUAGCUAUUGAAAAAGCUUCUUGUCAAAGAAUGUUUAAAUAA